AUGAGUGCCAUUUCAAAGGUCCAAAUGAAUACUGCAGAAUAUGCUUAUAUUCUUCCUUGGCUUCAAUCUGGACCUAAAGGCAUUAAAAAAAUAAAAAAUCUCGAAAAAAAAUUUUCAGACGCCUCGCCAUGGAUGGGAUCAACAGGAGAAGUACUUCAACAAGUAAAAGAUACCUAUGCAAAUGCCGUAAUUGUUGAUGAUGUGAAUGGAUUUGACAAUGUUUUAGUUGAUACUUUUGUUAGCCGAAUAGAGAAAUUUGGAUUAGCUAAAGAAGACUUGGAUUUGAAAAUGGCCUCAUCAACAAGGCCAUCUGAAGGGAGCACACAAACGCAAACCAACACUUUUGCCUAUCUCCAUUUAUAUGAUUCGUUAAAAUUGUAUGCAUUAGCUGUCCGUAAAGUAAUGAAUAAAACUGAUGAGGCUAAUCAAACGGCUGCUGUACUUGAUGGACAUCAAAUUUGGAGUGCAAUGAGACGACUUUCUUUUGACGGUUCUAAUACUGGAUUAGUUCAAAUGGACGACUUGGCUGAUAGAGCGCCUCAAUUCGCUGCUUUCUUUAUUGCUCCAAACAGAGAAAAGGUUUUGAAAAUGGUACAGAUGACUACUUAUAGAAUUCCAAAUUGUGACGGAACUAUUAAUAGAACUGGGUGUUAUGAUUUGAAAUUGACUGAUGUAAUGACUGGUUUCUGGCCUUCUGAGAACGGGGCAAUGCCCCCAGAUGAACCAGUUUGCGGCUUCAGAGGUCAACGUUGUUCCUACACUGUAGAAAUUGCUGUUGGCGCAACUGUUUUAGCUUUAAUUAUGCUUAUUCUUUUACUUUGGUUGUUACGUCGACAUUGCCAAACCCGUGCUUUAAACAAAAUGCCUUGGCGUUUAUUCAGCGACGAUUUUCGUUUAAUUGACGAAGAAGCAGCUCGUUCUCUUCUUUCUAUUGGAAGUUCUAAUACAAAAUUGUCAAAUCAAAGUAUUGGGGGAAGCAAAAAGCACGCAAUACUUGGUGUUAAUACACACGCAACUUAUAGAAGAUUUAUACAAAAACAACCAUUAAAAUUUAAUAGAGAAGAUAUGGUUUUGUUGACAGCUGUAAAAGAUGCUAUCCACGAUAAUAUUAAUCCUUUCCUUGGAAUGGCCUUUAAUGAUAAAGAGGAAAUGCGGGGGAUAAACGAUCUAAAAAGGAAAAAGAGAAAGCAUUAG